AUGUCCUUCCUGUCACACCCACCUCCUAAUACAUUGAUUGAAGAUGAGGCACUUAUUUUCUUGAACUUAAUAAAAAUCAAAAGCGAAAAACCUGUUAAGGAAGACAAUGAUCUUAAUAGAUCUAAGCAACACAAUGGAAAACACAGCAAAAGCAAAUAAAAGGAUAUCCAAGAUGGGCCACCAAAAGAAGUCAAACUGCCUACCAGUGAAGCACUUCUAGAUUAUCACUGUCAGAUAAAGGAAAAUGCAGUAGAACGAUUCAUGGUUCAAAUAAAGAAACUUAGGGAAAAGAACCAAAAGUAUCAAGAAAGAAAUAAACGCUUAAAGGAUGAACAGACUUGGCACAUACGGAACCUGCUAAAGGAACUGAGUGAAGAUAAGUCAGAGGGAUCAACAGUUGUAACAAGGGAGGAAGUUGAAAGAGCAAUGAAGGAAAAAUGGAAAUUCGAAAGAGACCAGGAACAAAACUUAAAAGAUAUGCACAUUCAGAUAAAUAAUGCUGAGAAACUAUUUCUUGAGAAACUCAGUGAGAAGGAAUAUUGGGAGCAGUACAAGAAUGUAGGGAGUGAACAGCAGGCUAAACUCAUUAUCUCCUUGCAAGACGACAUCAAUAGAGUUAAAGAGAAUGCUGAGAAAAUGUCAGAACAGUAUGACGUCAACCUAGAAGAUGUUAGAAAGAGAAUCAUCAGAGAAACUCUGUUGCAACUGGACCAAAAGAAGGAAUGGGCCACAGAGAAUGCUUUAAGGUUCAUUGACAAGGGCAGCUAUCGAGAGAUCUGGGAGAAUGACUGGCUCAAAAAAGAGAUUGCAACUCACAGGAAAGAAGUGGAAGAACUAGAACAUGCUAUUCAUGAACUGGAAGGAGAAAAUUUGGUGCUUAUUGAUCAGCUAUUCAACUGUAGACUUGUGGAUCUCAAAAUACCCAGACUACUUUUCUUAUUGUAUUUAGGGCGACUAUACCUUACCCAAGCUGUUGGACAGGAAGUGCCACCUGAAGAAAUGCCUUUGGAGUUGCCAGAAACAUCUAUAGAAAAGUCACAGUUGCAGCCUGUAGAAGUAAAAAGUAGAGAUCUAAUAAGCUUAUCACUUGGGAGCAGUUCUUUACCUCUCGGUCAUGAGGACAGCAGCAGGUAUAGCGAGCAGCUGAAGACAGAUGAAGAAGAGAGCUCAAGUAUAGCGUUUGGAGUCUCUGAUAUCAAAUACUUACUGUAUGAGGAUGAGCAGGAUUUCAAGGAUUAUGUAAACCUGGGCCCUCUGGAAGUGAAGCUCAUGACUGUGGAGAGCAAGAAAAAGCCCAUCCAUUUCCAAGAAAAGGAAAUUCCAGUCAAAUUCUAUGAAGAUGUCAGGAGCCCAGAAAGUCACAUCACAUAUAAAAUGAUGAAGUCUUUUCUCUAAGACUGAAAGCUGCAAAGUAAAAACAACUUCCUAUGCAUUUUCUUUGGGAACUGAGGUAUAUCAGUUGCCCAUUUUAUUUACGCUUUGGUCCAUUUUUAAAGCAACUGUUAUUUCU